AUGAGUGAAACCCCGGACCAAGAACCCUCGGCGGCCAGCCGGUCCAUCCUGAGCUGGUAUGAUAGCACCAGGCCGAUGAUCAUCGACCUCAUUGGUGAUUAUGCGGGCAAAGAACUCUUUCUACUUGAAGGAGACUCGCUAUUAAGAGAGUGUUUUGAGGACGAUAGGAUCGAUUUCGAUUCCGGCUUCCAGUUGCUUCAUAGUGUUCCUCUAGAAAAUGCUGCUCUAUGUGUCCCCCCGGGGCUCCCUCCCACACACCGUGCUCGGUACCUAUUGGCAAGAGCUGUGAUCAAGCGACAUUUUGCUCUUCGCCUUCCUUCUUCCCACCCAGAUGUGGCGAUCAAUGUUUUUCCUUCACUCGAGAGCCAAGAAUUCAAAGAGUAUCUUGACGUCACUCCAAUACAUUUUGUGAUGAUGCACGAUGGAUCAUCCCGCUCCAAGAAGAUUAAACGGGACUCUUCAGACGAUGAUGAGAAGCUUGCAAAAAUAUUGCUACGGGGGAUGAUCUGGUGGUGGAACACUCACAGACUGAAUGUCUCCCUUAUUAAUCGGAUUGAAUUUCGAGAUUCAAAGGUCUUCACAAUGAUUGUUGAGAGUUUUACCCCCUCAAGUAAACAAGCGUUUCUUAUCUCUAGCGCUGCAAUCCAGGAUGAAAUCAAGCAUGCCACAGAAUCGAUGAAGGAGCUCCAAUCAGAACAAAGCUCAGGCGAGCAGGCUGCAUCUGCUAAUUUCCAGAGGUUGGUAAAGUGUCCCCCUGGUGACAUAGACUCCGAAAGCUACUAUCUCGCGGCAUACGGAGUCUCCGCAAUUCUCAAAUGCCAAGACUGCGACAUAUUUAUGGCAUCAGCCUUCAUUCUCCACACUAUAAUUUUGAAGCACGUCCCGAUCUCACAACGGCGGCUUCCCCUGAUCAGUUUCGAUGAAGAAUUUGAAGACCAAAUUGAGGGGUUCAUUGAGGAUAUAUCCAAUAUAUGCCGGCAAACAAUAGACAGUGCCGAAUGGACCGAACUCAUGGCAGAGAGAAUGGCCCAGAGCGAUACUACGGAUCUCGUGGAUGGUCGCGUGUUCCGCGCAGUCAUUCAAGCAAUGUGUGACAAAUCAAUCGAGGAUGAUCUCCCAUCAAGUGUCAAAAGUGACUGGAAACUUCUGCACCAACUUGUAAAGCAGUUGACCGGGGAAGAGUUAUCAUUGAAGGGGAGCACAGAGCCAGAAUUCUCAGAAUCCACGGCAACGGAAAGUGAUUUGAAACCAACGCCUGAGGAUCUUUCAGUUCUGCCGUUCUCUCACCCAGUGUUCGAUAAGCACUUGGAGUGCAUUCAUGUUGCAACAGACACGUCGAUCUCGACGAAAAUGGAGGCUAUGAAGCUGUAUCGAGAAACUUCACAUUGGCACAAUCACCGGAAACCAUUGAAUCCUAAAGUUCCACAAGCUGUGAAGGUCUCAAAAUGGCGUAAUCCCUUGCGAUUGAACCAAUUUUAUAUGAGCGAAAUGACCUCUUAUGCGGCCAGUCUUACUGGAGCAAAAGGCAGGGCUCUCGAUGCCGAAACGAUCACCGUCGGGCCCAAGCGGCUUGUGAAGCCAGCCGAGAAAGCUGAGAAGGCCGAGAAGAGCUCUGCCAUAGCAAAGCAACAGCAAGCUUUAGACAAAGGCGCGCAGGGGCAAAAGGCCGCCCCGAAGAAGGGUACAAAGAAAGCCGCCGCAGGGUUGUCCAAAAAGGACCAGAUGAUUGCUGAUAACAUGGAGCGGAAAGGGGGGUCAGAGGCUGACAAAGCGUUCAAUGCUUGGGCCACGAUAAGAAAAAACUUUGAUGUGCUCUCCAACGACCAGGACCGCUACUUGAGGACCAUCGAUUAUCUCAAUGGCCUGGACUCGACCAAGACUACGUAUCUUGAAGGCGAGGUUAACACAUAUGCCCUUCAAUCACUUCUAGGCUGGUGGGCCGAAUAUUGCAAAUCUGGAAACAAAUCUGGUGGCUAUCAUGUAGUUGCGUUAAUCUGGACAACAAUCCGUACUAUCUGCUCUAUUACCUCACCAGUUAGUAAGGAGAUCGUCCAGCAUGUCACCAAGAUUUGCACCCUUCUAGGAAUUACAGAUGCAGCAACACCGUUCGCCUCAUCUACCACCGAUCGCAAACUCUCCUUCACUUUCAAAUAUCCAGUUCAAGCACCAUCGCUGCUUAUCGAUAUGACACAGUCGGAAUUUCAGCUAAAUCACUGCGGACCGUACAUGGAUCGAAUGUUAGACGCUAAGCCUGAUCCUCGAGUCUCGAGCUUCGUUCCUGAUGGCUGGCAGCGGGAUGUCCUCGACCAACUUGAUGCAAACAAAAGUGUAUUCGUGGUCGCACCAACUUCGGCAGGAAAAACAUUUAUUAGUUUUUACGCAAUGGAGCAGGUGUUGCGUGCCGAUAACGAUGGGGUUUUGAUUUAUGUUGCACCAACGAAAGCCCUUGUCAAUCAAAUUGCAGCUGAAGUGCAAGGCCGCUUCUCGAAGAAGUAUCCCCUCCCUGGAAAAGGUGUCUGGGCCAUCCACACACGGGACUAUCGUGUCAAUAACCCUACGGGUUGUCAAAUUCUGGUCACUGUCCCACAUAUUCUCCAGAUUAUGCUUCUUUCGCCUUCUAAUGCAAAGAGUUGGGCUCCUAGAGUUCGUCGGAUCAUCUUCGACGAGAUCCAUUCCAUCGGACAGGCAGAGGACGGUGUUGUGUGGGAACAACUUCUCCUACUAGCGCCUUGCCCGAUCAUUGCGCUGUCUGCCACUGUCGGCAACCCAGGACAAUUCAAUGAUUGGUUAAUAGAGACACAAAAGGCAACUGGAACAGAAUUGAAGAUGAUUCAACAUGCUACGAGAUACUCAGAUCUUCGAAAGUACAUGUACGAGCCACCGAAAUCUUUCCGGUUCACAGGACUAGGCAGGUCCCACGGGGUCGGUCUCGGUCUUGAUGGCUUGACCGGGUUCGAGGAAUUCCAUCCUGUCGCCAGUCUAGUUGACAAGUCCCGCGGGAUGCCGGACGAUCUAGCCCUUGAACCCCGUGAUUGUCUUUCACUGUGGAAGGCGAUGUGCAAGUGCCAGACUGAAAAUUAUAAGGUGCCAGAGUCACUAAACCCCGCGAAGGCUCUCCCACCCUGCAUUCGAAAAGCGGACAUUUUUGCAUGGGAAAAAGGUCUUAAAAAGGUUCUUUUACAGUGGAUGCAAGAUAGUGCAUCUCCAUUCGAUAAAGUUAUCUUGGAAUUGAGCCCAUCUGCUCCUAGAGAACAGCUCGAGGAGGCCCCAUCAUCCGCCUCUUCCGUUACCGAAGGCGAAGACCUGGAUCCGCAGGACUUGGAGGCCACAACUUUGCCGCUCUUAUAUAAGCUGCAUACGCGUCGGGCCCUUCCAGCUAUCCUGUUCAACUAUGACCGAGCCCAAUGUGAGACUAUCGCUUUUGCGGUCCUGCGACAACUUGUCGAAGCAGAAGAUCGUUGGAAACAGGGGCCUCAAUGGAAAAAGCUUAUGGAGGGAUACGAGAGAUACAAGGAGCAAAAAGAGAAGAAGUCCCGGAAGCCAGCCAAACCCAGUAAAAAGAGCAAGGAUGAUGAUGAGGGAGGAUCUAAGUUAGAUCGCAUGCGCGAUGAAGCAUCUGACGGGUCCUCGAUUUAUGACCUCUUUGACCCCGAUGCCCCACAAACCGACUUCAGUUUUGCCGAUCCAAAGCGACUCCAGAAGGCUGAGCUCGAUGAGUUCAUCCGAGCCUUGCGCUGGAAGAACAUAAAAGACGAGCUCAUCGACCUACUCAGAAGGGGAAUUGGCGUCCAUCAUGCUGGUAUGAAUCGCAAGUAUCGACAAUGCGUGGAAAUGUUGUUCCGAAAAGGAUUCCUUAGAGUUGUGAUCGCUACGGGAACACUGAGCUUGGGUAUCAAUAUGCCCUGUUCGACCGUUGUUUUCAGUGGAGACUCGGUGUACUUGACAGCAUUGAACUUUCGACAAGCUGCUGGUCGUUCAGGUCGUCGUGGUUUUGAUCUGCUAGGAAAUGUAGUCUUCCAGGGCAUCUCUAAGGAGCGAGCAAGCCGCCUGCUUAGCUCGAAACUUCCAGAGCUUACAGGGCAUUUCCCUAUUACGACGACUUUGGUCUUGCGACUAUUUACGCUUCUAAAUGGCUCUAACACAUCCCCAUAUGCUGUCAAAGCCAUUAACUCACUACUCUCACAGCCUCGACUCUACCUUGGUGGGGAUAGUUUCAAGGAGCAGGUGUUGCACCAUUUACGAUUUUCCAUCGAGUACCUUCGCAGAAACGAGCUUCUUAGCCCUCGUGGAGAGCCUGUCAACUUUACAAGCUGUGUAUCGCAUUUGUAUUUCACGGAGAAUUCGAGUUUCGCAUUUCAUGCCCUCCUUCGAGGAGGAUAUUUCCACCAACUCUGUGCCGAUAUCGACACGCAACCCGAUACCAUCCUCCAAAAGAUGAUCCUUGUACUAAGCCACCUUUUCGGUCGCCGCGUAUGUAGGGAGAUCGACGAUCCCGAGGAGGCUGAGAAGAUCAAGGCAUCUCCAUCAAUUGUGUAUCUCCCGCCGAUGCCAGAAGAAGCUACCGAGAUUCUACGAAGGCACAAUAAAGACACACUCGACAUCUUUACCACAUACGCUAAGACAUUUGCUGAGCAGCACGCAAAGGGCGAAGAGCAACGACUACCGCUGACACACACAGAGGUCGGCCCAGAGGAGCCAUCAACUGCCAACUUCCUGCCGAGUCUCCCCACACCACAUGCACGAUCUGCUUUUGUUGCGCUUUCCGGCCUGGGAGAUGACUUUGUGACGAUCGAGGAUCUCUGUUCUUCUACCCGUGACGGCGUCUUUCUCGAAUCAGCCGUCGUUCCCCAUUUGGAGAUCCAUCCAGAUGAGACUCGAACCCCGCUCAACGCGUAUCUGGUAGAUUUCUAUAUGCAUGGGGCUCUCGAGCCUUUGGAACGGGCCAAUGGUAUCCGCAAAUCGGAUGUAUGGUUCGUACUGAACGACUUCUCAUUGGUUCUCGCAACCAUCGCCACCUCACUCGCUCUUUAUCUGGGUCUUGAGUCCGAUGCAGACCCUGAGAUGUUGGAUGUGAUGGGUAGCGGCGACAUCGCAGAGAAUGACGCCGACGAAGCAGUAGCUGAGCAGACUGUGCAGGACACCCAACCCAAAAUCGGUACCCCAGUCCAAGCCCCUCCACCUGUCCGGAGAAAAAAGAAGGUUGCGGAAGACUGGGACGCAAGUGAGGACGCUAUGGUCGCUGAGGAGAACUUCCUGAAGAGCGGGGGACUAAAUGGCACAGGUGCGACAGAUGAUGAGGAGUAUGAUAAGUUGAUGAAUGUUUACAAAGCGUUCCGGAAGCUGAAGACGGACUUUGAUGAGAAGUUCAGAGCUAUCUGGGCUUAG